AUGUCAUUACCGUUCACACCGAGCAAAAGUGGUAAAAAGCAUACAGCCGGAUCAGAGGGAUCUGCGGGGGAUUUGCAGUCUCAGUUUGCGGAGCUCCAGAAGCGGCUAAAGCGUAUGCCACAUGCCAUGGUGUCGGAAAGUCCGUCGCGGAAUAGAGGGCCACGCACAAACAUAUUGAAUGAAGAUCAAAGUUCGAGUGAAUCAGAAGGAGAAGAUGCGACAAAAGGCGAUGAGGAGGAGGAAGAUGAAGAGCCUAUAAUAAGGAGGAGAGUCAGACGUGGCCCAAAAGAGUUGGCAUCACCAACCAGCCCCAAAAGAGUGGAUUUCCUUAGUGACUUGAGUGAUGGAUUACUUGUGGAAUCGCGUCGUUUGGCAUAUGAAAACAAGCAGUUCAAGACUCAGGUAGAGAUUUUGAAGGAGGAGCGCGACAAGUUCAAAAACCAGGCAUCGAACUUGGGGCUACUGAACACAAAGUUGAGCGAAAAAGAGAGUCAGUCGAGUGAUCGCAUCUGGGAGUUGGAGACAAAGCUUUCCGAAUCCAAGGACAAGCUUGAAAAGGCACUUAUUGAUCUUGAAAGGGUGGGCAAGGCCAAAUCCUCGUUGGAAACACAGUUGGCAGACUCUACGGCUACACUUGAAGGUGUGCGUUCCCAAAAGAUUGAGCUUGAGAAGCAGAGUAAUGAGAAAAUCAACACGCUCAAAAAGCAGGCAAGUGACAUGAGGCAGAGAAACAGCGAUCUCAACGAUGAAAAUGAUGCUCUCCAGAAGAAGGUUGGUGAGCUGAAGGCCAAGGCUGGCGCUGUUGUUGCACCAAUGAACUUUAAAGAUGCAUUUGCGGGUCUAGGUGAUAAUUUCGACGAGGCAACUGAUAACGACGCGUCGAUGUUGAUGGAGCCGGAGCCUACAGAGCUCAACUUGGCCGUGGACAACGCCAAGGAGCUCGACAGAGAAACGCUAAGAGCAAAUCUUUCGCACGCAAUAAUGACAAUUGGUCGGCUAAGGAAGUAUAUUCAGAAGCAGAAAGUAUUCCAUGCCAAAAAGCUUGCCUCGCCAACUCUGAAGACACUUGCCAUGUCCUCUCCUAUGACCUCGACUCCUAUUGGCUCAAGAACAACCGGCUCACCAAGAGGAUCGAGAUCUGUGAAAAGAAAGCUUUUUCAAAGCGGAUCCGGCUCUUCCUCUCCAGUGAAAGAAAACGUGGGAGAGAAUUUGGAGAGGGACUGGGAGAAUUUCGAAGACACAUCAAUCGCCACGACUAAAACAACCGCCGGAAAACUUGGGCACAUUCCAGCACUUGUGAAAAACGACAAUAGUGAUGAUGAUGAUGAUGACGAUGAAGAUGACAAGCAGGAGAAGCAGUUGAGAUUACAGCAAGGUGACAAGAAAGCUUUGGCAGACGAGCUUAUGGAGCGGGAUAUCAGCCAGAGAGACUUUGAGAGCAGUCCAAGCAAGAAACCGGCAAAGAACAAUUCUACGUUUGCAAACUGGGGUAUGAUUGCAAUUCCACAUGGCCAGUCAUUGGAUGCAAUAGGCGAGUUCGACAUGGUUCCGUUUGCCCGUGGAGACUACGAGCGUUUACUGAAGCAGCAAAAACGUAAGGCAGAGAAAACAGUCAAGAUUCCACCUUUGAAGAAAAAGGCUGUUCAAGGCUUGAGACUCGUGACUUCUCCUGAGUACAAGAAGCUUAAGAAGGAGCUUGAAACUACGACUACCGAGCUUCAGCGGGCCAAGAAUAAGGUCGAAGACAUAAAAUCAACUGCGGAGACACAGACGGAAAGUCGUGAUGCCAAGGAGUAUGAAGUCCAGGUCUCUAACUUGAGAAGUAGGCUUUCCGCUAAGGAGAAGGAGGUUGCAGAGCUUAAGGAGAAGCUGGAGGAGGCUGAAAAGGAGGCUGCCCAGAAUUUGCAAGAAAAGCUUUCCAAGAAGGAGACGGAGAAAGAGGAGCUUAGAAGAAGCUUGCAGAGAACUAACAAUAUGGCUAUCCGGAAUCUGCAGGAGAAACUUUCGAAAACAGAAUCUGAGAAGGAGGAACUUGGAAGGAAACUGGAAGAUUCACAAAGGGAGGCAGCCCAAAACUUGCAAGAGAAACUUUCCAGCGGCCAAACAGAGAAGAACGAUCUUGAAAAGAAGCUUGAGCAGGCAACAUCAAUACUCGAGAAGAAGCUUUCCGAGAAAGAUGUUCAGAUUGGUGUUCUUCAGAAGAAGUUGGAGGACUCUCAGAGCGAAGCCGCCACUACUCUUCAAAAGAGACUUUCUGAGAAGGAAGCAGAAGCAGAUGAUCUCAAGAACAGCCUCGAAAAUAAGUGGAAACAGGCCUCAGAGGAUUUGGAGAAGAAACUUUCCGAUAAGACAGCGGAAAUGGAAGAGAUGAAGAAGAAACUAAAUGCUGCUGAGUGUUUGCAGAAGACUCUUUCACAUAAAGAGGCAGAGAUGGGAGAUCUCGAGAAGAAACUACAAGAUGCUCAGAAAGAGGUGGUUGAGAAUUCUUCGGCCGCCCAUACUUUACAAGAACAGGUCGACAGUUUAAAGGCUACAAUUGAAAAGCUUAGGGAAGAGGUUAAAACGGACGAGGCUGAAGUCGCCAGACUUUGGAACUUGGUGGGUGAAACCAAGAAGGAAGCAGGUGCCAUCAAAGACAAAAUUUCGGAUAAGCUUUCUGCUACAGAGAAGGAGCUUUCAGCACUAAAGCAGAAAUACGAAAAUCCAGACGAGUCUUAUCUCACAUCCAAAGCAAGUGUCUUGGGCUUUUCAACACUUCCGUUUGAAGAGCAAAAGAAAUUGAGGGGUGAUUCUAAAGAUAAGGCAGUCUUGCAGAAGUUGAAACAAGCACUCGAGUUGCAGAUCGGCGAACUAAAGGAGAAGGCGGUGCAAUCAGAGAAGAAGCUAACUGAAGCCAACAAGAAGCAAACUGACGUUUUGAAUGAGUUGAAGAUGCUUAAAGAGGUUCACAAAGCGCCAAGUGCCCAGUAUUUGAAGGAGAAGGCAGUCGGCUUGCAAUUGGUUGCUAUUCCUAAGCUCGAAUAUGAUAAUAAGAAUGAGGAACUCGAGAGUACGCGGAAGAAACUUGAGGAGAGUGAAAAGACUUGCAGCAACUUGAAGAAUGAAGUUGAGCAAGCCAAGGAGGAGAGUUCUCAAUUGAGAAAGAAGAUUGCACUCAAAGCGAAUGCAUUUAAUGAAUCCCAAAAGCAGCUUUCUGCAGUUAACAAUACGUUAUCUGAGCGCGAAGUCAAGCUUGUGACCUUACAGUCUGAUUUGAAAGAGAAGCAGAAGGAGAUUGACGGCUUACAACAAACAUUGAACCGCCUAAAGGAGCGCAAUACAACAUUGGAUGACAGUUUAACGAGAUUGAAGUGUUCGUAUGAAAAACCUGAUAGUGGAUACGUUAAACAGCAUGCAGAUGCAUUGGGAUUGGCGUUGAUUAGCAAAAUAACCUCUACUGAAUCCAGGGACGACGAGUCCGUGUUUGAAGAUGCUUCCGAGGAUCCAAUCAAUAUUGAUUCUGAGAAGGAUAUAUCCCCAAGAAGAAGUAGCAGCUUGAGCAAGGUGUUCUCAAGAAGUAUUUCACAAUCUAAGAAGUUGCAAAAGCAGUUGAAAGAAGCUCAGGAACAGGUGAAAAAUCUGCAGAAAAAGCUUGACAAGCCAACACCAGAAUACAUCCAAAGCAAGUGCGAGUUCGUGGGUAUUGCAAAUGUUUCGACCGGUGAUUACUCUAAGUUGAAGUCGAACAUCAGUGCUCUUGAAGAUCAGUUGCAGAAGAAAGAGGAGAAGCUAAAUUCCGUGAAGCAGGCCCACAGCCAAGAGGCGGUUUUGUUGAAGAAGCUUUUGGAACAGAAACAGAACGAACUUUCACAAUUGAAGAGUGCACAAGAUGCAGAGCUUGAAAAGCAGAAGGCAUUAAUCAGCAAUGGAUCAACUGAGCUUGAGCUGAAAAAGAAUCAGUUGCAAACUAAAAUCACUGAGUUAGCAACUUUGAAAGCCGAACUUCAAGGUAAGAGCUGUGAUUUGGAAUCAACCAGCUCGAAACUAACCAAGUGUAUGGAUGCAUUGAAGGAGAAGACAUCUGAAUUGGAGGAGUUGACCGGGGAGCAUCAAAAGCUUCGGGUGAAGUUGGAGAAACUUGAGUCUGACUAUGAGACUGCCCACGAGAUUUUGGAGAAGCCAGAAAAGAAGUUCCUUGAGGAGAAAGCUGGACUCUUGGGGCUUUCACUUGUUGCAAGCACCGAACAUUCUGCCGUUAUGAAGAAAGCUCAAGAAAAGGAGAGUGCUGUUGAGCAACUUAACACAGCUAUAACUAGACUUAACCAGGAGUACAGUACUGCCAAAGCAGAUCUUGGCGUUGCUCAUAAUGAGAUCAACUCGUUGAAGAAAGAACUAGAUGAAGCACACGUUGGAUUGGAAAAGAUGGAGAAAGAAAAUGCAACGAACGAAAAUUUGCUUACUGUGAAGGCAAACAGAAUUACAGCAUUGAACCUAGAUCUAGAGAAGAAGAAUAGUGACAUUUUAAAACAGUCGGAAGAACUUAAGAGGUUGAAAAGAGAGCUCAAAUCUUUGGAAGAUGAGAAGUCUAAUCUUGAGCAGAAGAACGUUUCUCUAAGUAAGACUGCCUCGUCUAUUCCAUCUGGGUGUGUUGCCAUUGACAUUGAACGGUUUAAGAAUUUGCUUGGUGCGAUGUCAAUGUUGGGUGUCCAGUUCAAGCAAUACGCAGAAAACUUGAAGAGUAAGGAUGUUGAUGAUGAGGAGUUGAAGCGCGAAAUUUCGGAGUUGAAGUCCGCCGCUGAGCAGCAGGCCAAAAUUUCAUCUAAAUAUGAAUCUCCAAGUGUUGAGUACAUCGAAGAGAAAGCAACUAACCUUGGUAUGAAGGUUCUUUCGGUCAGUGAAUUCAUAAGCUUGAAGUCUGAAAAUAAAGAGAAUCUGAUUGACAAGAGUGAGAACGGUGACGAGGCCAGCAUUGUAAGCGAGGAGGCUAUUAACGAGCAAAACAGAAUACUCACAGAAAAGAUGAAGAGUAGAGCAGAUGAACUGGAAGCAUUACAGACUGAUUUGAAGAAGAAGGAGCUAACUUUGAAGCAGCUGGAGCGGAGAGUUGAAGGAACACUUGAUCCAGAAGAGGCAAAGGAUGCAGAACUUCGAAAUGCUGAGAGUGGAAGUAUGCCAUUUACGAAGAUCUCAAAGCUCCGGAAGCUUUUGGAUCAAAAGAUUAUAGAGAAUGACGAAGUUCUUUCUAGAAUUAAGAAGAAAGGAAGACAUUUGUCGAUGGAGGAAAUUGACACGGUUGAUAUGCAACUUGAUCAGAAGAAGAAGGAGCUGGAGGAGAGAAAAAGCUUGCUUACAGAGAAAGUUCGGAAUCUGGAGAUUGAGAUCAAAAGAAUGCAGGAAGAUGCCAAGGACAAGGAAAAUGUUAGACCUGGAGGAUCGAUUUCGGAUCAACUUGACUCCGUGCGCGCCGAACUCAAAGCGAAGUCUAACGCACUGGAUGUUCUUCAAAAGUACAUUGAAUCGAAUCGCCAAGAUGCUUCAAGAGCCAAAGCUGGCACUUCAGAGUUGCAGAUGGAGAUUGGUGAACUUAGGGUUGAAUUGAGGAAGCAAAAGCGGGAGUACAAUCACAUCCAGCAGUUGCUUGAUAGGGCAAUCAAGUCUUAUGAGCCAGAAUUAGAGAAUCGUAACCGGGAGAUUGGACAGCUAAAGACUCAGCUCAAGAAUAAGGCAGUGGAGUUGCAAGAACUUGGAGCACAGGAGGAAGCGGCAAAGAGACAGAGAAAGGCUGCGGAGAAGUUUGUGCCGAAGAAUGAGUAUGAUUCUUUGAAAGAGCAGCUCGAGAAACAGCGUUUACAGUUUGAAAAUUCGGAGACGGCUGCUUCAAAGAAGAAUGCUUCAUCUCCUCGCACGAUAACGUCACAAGAACUUGCAAUCAAGGCUGCAGAGUAUGGUCUUGCACUAAUUUCAGAGCAGGAGCUUGCCGAUUUGAGACAAAGAUCACCGGCAACAGUUGAGGAUAUCAACGUAGCGGCAAGAAAGAUGAACUUACUCUGUAUUCCCGAGGACAAGUUUGUUGCAACUACUGUUUGCAGAAAGCCGGAUCCUGCUACCGUUGUAGUUCUUCCUUUGAGCUAUUAUGUCAAGUUGACCAAGACACAUGACUGGUAUAAGAUGAAUAGAGAUAGUAUUGCGGAGUGGCAAGAGAUGGAGAGGGAAAAGACUGCAAACAGGAAUGGAGUUAACGGUAAGAAGGUAGAGGAUGAACGAGUGUCGCUUAUAUCUUCGGGCUCCACAUCUAUUUCUUCUUCUUUGGCCGCAAAGCGUGGCUCAUUGGGCCAACAGUCAAGCUCACGGAGAGCAGCUUUGAAGAGAAAGCUGCAUCUUUCGCAAGAGCCACCAGUGAACUCACCAGCGUUUGCAUUAUCGCAACUUGCAAAGCAGGAUGCUGCAGAUACGGAGAGCAGACUUGGAGCUACAUCCUUGCACACGGUCAACACGGUGAUAUCCACGAGACAAGAAAUGGUGGCGGCAAUAACGCAGACCAUCAUUGGAGAGUAUCUCUUCAAGUACUACAGGAAAUUAGGGCCUUUAGUUUCUUCGGUGAGUGGAACAAGACACGAAAGAUACUUCUGGAUUCAUCCUUACUCGCUCACACUCUAUUGGUCUACGUCGAAUCCUUCACUCUCGGAUCCAUCCGAGAACAAGAUUCAUGCGUUGGCAAUUGCUAAAGUGAAGGUGGUCGAUGAUAACAAUCCUCUUCCACCUGGUUUGUACCACAAAUCCAUAAUUGUUUACUCGAACGAUCGCCACUCUAUCAAGAUCACGUGCCCAACCAGGCAGAGACAUAACAUCUGGUUCAACUCACUACAGUAUUUAAUUGCGAAAAGUAUUGCCGACACGAAUAGCGAUGCAGAUACUGAGAAUCAGUAUAACGAGAAUUUCAGCCUGGACGAACGGCUUCAACUGGAAAGAAGUCAGUCUUUCCGGCAUCAACAACCUCGUACGAGUAUUCUUCGAUCCGGAAGAAUGCCUAGAGCAACAAGCACGGCUUCUAUUUCUGACUCUUCAAGCUUUUUGCAGAGACAGAGAUCAUCUUUUCCUUCGAUGAGUAGUCUUAAGCGGCAUUUGACGAGACACAACCAUUAG